AUGGUGGACAAACGUGAUGAUGGCUCCGGGGAGCGGAAGAUGCGUAUGGUUGUCAAUUACCAGGCUCUAAAUACCCUUACGAUAGCCCCUCAUUUUCCACUACCUCCGAUUCAAGCCAUUCUGGAGCUGCUGGGAGGCGCCAAGUAUUUUUCCACCUUGGAUCUUGAAGCAGGAUUCCAUCAAAUACGUAUGGCUAAGCAAGACCGGUGGAAGACGGCUUUCCGGUCCGUUCUCGGACUAUUCGAGCACCGAGUGAUGCCCUUCGGCCUUAAGGGUGCUCCCGCUACGUUUCAGGCCAAUAUUAAUGCCUAUCUACAACCUUUACUGGAACAGGGCGUUAUUGCGUACCUAGAUGAUAUACUUAUCUAUAGUUCCGAUCUCUCUGGGCACGUUUCUCUUCUGCGACAAUUCCUAAGCAUUUUUCUUAGACACCAGUUCUACCCAAAGUUCCGCAAAUGCAAGUUUGCAAGGCAAACAAUUACAUAUUUGGGUUAUACCAUUUCUGCUGCGGGGAUCAAACCUGCAGAAGAUAAAAUCGCAGCCAUCCGGCUCUGGCCAGAGGUGCUGGAGAACGAAACGCAAGUGCGCCAGUUCCUCGGUACCAUCAAUAACUGUCGCAUGUUCAUGGGACCGGACUAUGCAGACGUCGCCCGGCCGCUGGUUGAUCGUACGCGUAAAGACGUCAGUUUCGAAUGGAUGGAACUUCACAAGCAAGCGGUGCGGCAGCUCAAACAGCGCUUAAUCGACUUCACUACACUACAAUUCCCUGACACCACGAAACCCUUGGAAUUAUACACGGACGCCUCUGGUUAUGCGAUCGGAGCAGUUCUGCAACAAGACGGCAAGCCCAUCGGCUUCCUCAGCGAAGUCAUGAACCCCACGCAACAGAGAUACUCGAUCUACGAUCAGGAACUCUUGGCGUUGAUCACGGCCCUGGACAAGUGGUCGCACUUGCUCCGUGUCUCCAAGGUAACGGCUUACACUGAUCAUCAAUCUCUCACCCAUCUCCAACGCCUCCAAGCAUCGAAGCCUCUGCGCGGACGCACCGCACGCUGGUUAGACUUCCUCGCCGAGUUCCCGAAUUUGCACAUCACCUAUGUUCAAGCAGCGCGCAAUCAAGUGGCUGAUGCCUUGUCUCGCCGUCCCCGUUUUCCUAACACCUGCUCGCACGACACACCACCAACACCCCUGAUGCCUGCAGUAGCACAAGUGCGCGCGGCUCCUCGCUCUCGUGGUCGGCCUGCCAAGUACAGGGAGCUCGCCGGAAUUCGUUCGCGACGACCCAGACGACGCAGCCUGCCGUCCGCACUUUGA